AGGAACAGCAGGCCAAGUGCAGGCUGAGAAAGCGGCUGCGGGACAGGAAGGGCCCACUAGGCAGGCUGCGGGGCGGGGAGGGAACGGACAAAGGGGUCCAGGGCAUUCCGGUGAAAUCAGUGUCAGCAGCCCAGGAGCAGACAGAAACCGCUGGACUCAGCCCUGCCGUGGAAAAGAAGCCAGCGGCUGGCAGCCACCAAGAAGAGGAGGAAGUGGGAGAUGCACAGCUUCCUGUCGAAAGAACGUUGAUUGAAGACAAAGCUGGGUGGGGACUAGUCCCUGGCUGCAGCCUGCCACACACACAGCGCGGCCGCGGCAGCGCCUGCACCGCUGGGCUGGGCUCCCGCGCACUCGGCUCCGGACACAGGGAGCAGCCCUCUCCUGCGACCAGCCCCGCAGCGAGCCAGAUCUGCCAGUGAGCCUCAGGCUUUGGGAACUAAAGAGUGUGUCUGCAAAAUCCAUCCAGCGUGCCGAUGGCCAGCAACAACACCGCCAGCAUAGCGCAAGCCCGGAAGCUGGUGGAGCAGCUCAAGAUGGAAGCCAACAUUGACAGGAUAAAGGUGUCCAAGGCAGCUGCAGACUUGAUGGCCUACUGUGAAGCACAUGCCAAGGAAGACCCCCUUCUGACCCCUGUCCCGGCCUCAGAAAACCCCUUUAGGGAGAAGAAGUUCUUCUGCGCCAUCCUUUAAGUCUCCAUGGGGAGCCUGCAGAGCCUCCGGGCUCCUGGGACAUUGAUGUAGAGUUUUUAGCAAAGUGGGCGCCUUUCUAGUCCACAGUAUUUGAAGAGAGCAAGGAGAACCAUCUGGCAACUCCAGGCUAUGCAUGUUUAAAGAGCUGGCCCCCUGCGGGAGCGCCAGCAGACCCACAUCCUGAGUUAAGAGAUCUGAUUCUGCAGAAUGGCCUGGAGGAGGGGAAUAUACAAAAGUAAAAAUUGGUAUCACUUCUUUUCUGCUAUCUCUCCCCCAAAACCUUAUGUUUCUGCUUCGUAUUUAAAAAAUAAAAGUUCUAACAGACAGCUGUCCUGAG